GCAUUCAGAAGUCAGGAAGUAUCUAUGUUAAAAGUUACCUGCACUGUAAAAUUAGCCAAAAUACUUGAAGGGUCACAAAGCACUGGUAUAAAAUGGAAAAAUUGACAAACCUGAAAGAAUUAGUUUUUGUUAUUGGGAUUUGCCUCCUGAGACUGAGCACAAAUGCAGAAUGCAUGGGAGCAAUAAUCGGUGCAAAGAAAAUGCAAACAAUAAGGAUUAGCGUAGACCCACCAGAACCAAUCAUUUGUAAACAACACCCAAUAAAAUCUGUAUACCUGGUGUAUCCCAAAGCAGUACAAUUGGAGAAGGCGAUGCUGUUUAGAAAUAUUUACCAAAGGCAAGAGCAGUAUUUAUGAAACUGAAGACCAUUGAGAGAUCAAAGGAAACAUUAGUCUUGGAAUGAAAAAUUACUUAACGGCAAUGGAAAAUCAGUUAUAUAGUCAUGAAAGCUGGAGGAUGAGUAAAAGUUGAAAAGAAGAAAGAACUUUUCUUGUAUGGAUGGGAUAAAAGAAGCUUGCAGGUUUUCUGGCCAAAACUGGUAUUACCAGGACAGCCAGGAGAGAAGACAAAACAAGCACACAUCAUCAUGGAAAUAAAAGAAAGAAGAUGAAAGUGGAUUGACCAUAUGCUAAGAAUGGGCAAUGAAAAACUACCUAAAACAAACAAUAUUGGGGACACCGACUAGAAGACAAACAGGCACAGAAGACAAAGGGAAGAGUGAAGGAAUUUGAAACCAAGUGAUCAAUCCUAGAAAGAAGAGCAGCUGACCGUUGGGUAGAAAUGCUUCCUUGCAGGGUCUAUCUGCUAUAGGCCCUGAAGAAUGUGAAGCAAGCAAAAUCAUGGAAUAUUAAUUCCCAUCUCUUGUGCACAUGUUUAAAAUAAUGUGCUAUUUCCCACAUUCAGUGCAUGGAAUGAAUAAGACCUGUUGUCAAGGAAAAAGCUGUUGACUGAGACACCAAAUUUUAUUCCUCCUCUGCCUCAGACUUUGUGUUUUGUAUUGUUUAACACUAUCGUAAUGGGCAUGCAGAAAGGGCCAGAUUAAAGUUUCAUGGGUCAUCUUAAUUCUGGCAUUUCUUAACUUUUCAUUAUUUGACUCUUCCCCUUAUUUGACUUUGCCUCAUAAUGUUCUCUUAAGACAGUUUUUGAGGUUUCCAUAUGCAGUAUGUUUAGUUAAUGUUCAGGAUUCUCAGUAAGACUCUUCCUGCUUCUCCCACACCCAGCAAAGAGGAUCAAAGAAGUCUUUUUAUCGCCACUGCCAUCUCUAGAUGAAGGAAAAUGUAAAACCAGCAGAGCUCACUCUCCUGUUGAUCCUGCCAGGGAGGAACUCAGACACCUGUAAGGAUGAGCUGCUGCCUGAUACAGAUGUCUAGAAAAGAUUUCAAAACAAGAGAGGUUUUCUCAAGCUUUGGAAAUAAUAGAGCACUUGGCCACUAAUACACCUGAAAUCUGCAUUCACACUUGAAAGGAUCUGCUUUGGAGUCCAUUGCGUUUCCUAAUCCCAGAAUUCUUUCCUGGGAGGGGGAGAAAAGGACUUUGUAUGAGAGGAAUCUAAGAUGAUAAUGUGACACAGCGUACCCGGGAAGUCUGUUGAAGAAGAAGGACUCGUUCUUGUUAGGUGGCUUUCUCUUUUCUAAAAGACCACCUUAAAGUCAACAAACAAAAUGCCAGCUAAGACCCCCAUCUACCUGAAAGCUGCCAACAAUAAGAAAGGAAAGAAAUUCAGACUAAGGGAUAUCUUGUCCCCUGAUAUGAUCAGUCCUCCACUUGGAGACUUUCGCCACACCAUUCACAUUGGAAAAGAGGGACAACAUGAUGUUUUUGGGGACAUCUCCUUCCUGCAAGGAAAUUAUGAGCUGUUACCUGGGAAUGAAGGAAAAACAAGAGUUGGCCAGUUUGGUGAAUUCUUCAGGGCAAACAGCACCUCUGACUCCAUGUUUACAGAAACUCCUUCACCAGUGCUCAAAAAUGCUAUUUCACUUCCUGCAAUUGGUGGUUCUCAAGCCCUUAUGUUGCCCUUACUGUCACCAGUGACAUUCAGUUCAAAGCAAGACUCAUUCAGGCCGUCAAGGAAUCCUCGACUCAGUUGUGAGCCAGUAAUGGAAGAAAAAUUGCAGGAGCAAAGCAAACAGUCAGAGGACGGGGAAACAUACAAGGAUGCUGACGUGUGGGAGCAAAGUGGUUCUACAUCACAUUAUACUAAUGGCAGAGACAGUCAUUCAUCCAGCCUUUCUGAACGAUGCACUGAUUGGCAAACAGUUGAUUUAUUUGAAGACAGUCAGCUUUCGUGUGAACUAACCAAGAUGGAGACCAAGUCUGAAGACUCCCUUUCAGAUCUUGCAGGCUCUCUUCUUUCAUUGCAACUUGACCUUGGACCUUCGCUUCUGGAUGAGGUCCUCAAUGUAAUGGACAAAAAUAAAUUGUAGAACUGGUACCUUAUUGUUUCUAUAUACAAUGAUUAAUAAAAAAGAAACCAUAACCGAAGAGUACUGAAGAAUAAAUAUAUUAAAAUAUCAGCUGUAUUUGCAGUUGUUUGACGGGUUUUCUAAAAAUAUUCGUAAAAUACUAUUUUUUUACCUAUUGUUUUUCAUGAUUUUUACUACAGGAAGAGGAUAAAUUUUAAUGAAAAAAUUUCAGCAAACAUGAAAUGUUUUCAAGGACCAGUAUUAGCUGUCAAAACUUAAGGAAUAUACUUUGGGGAUACUACAACUUGUGACCAUUAGUUUAGUUCACUUUUAGGAGCUUUUGAGCAUUGAAGAAUCUGUAAGCAUUAGACAGGAGAUUUUUAAGGUAAAGAAUAAAUAAUUCAACAUUACUUUACAUGUAGGCCUCUCUUUAGUAUCUUAAGCUGUCUUUAGAUCCAUUUUCUGUUUUCGCUGCACUGUAACUAGCUCUUCAGUGUUAAACUAUUGCUUUGUGUUCAAAUGUGGACAACUCGAGGGUUUUCUUUUCAAAUAUAUUUGGCCAGAUUCUCAGCUGCUAUAAAUCAGCAUAUACCUAUUUACACCUAAUUGAGGACUUGGCCCUGUAGCUAUAUAUGAAAUCAUAAACCAUCCGUUGCAAACAGGUAACACAAGCAAAACAUAACUGUUAAAUUAUUUUGAAAGUUAAAAUAUAUAUUUUGUGCAUAGUUUGGCGCUUUACUGCAGAGUCUACAUUUACAGAUACAGUAUCUCAUUGAAAUAGUUGCUUGACUUUAUUGGAGAUCCUCUUAAAAUUGUAUAUUUGUGUGUUUUGAUAACAAUAUGUAUUUAUACUUCUCGCUUUUUUUCCUUCAAUUAUUGCCACAAAUGCUUAAACUUGCAACUGAUUUUUUUUUAAAUACCUUUAAAAAGAAGGCACUGGUUAUUCACAAUGCUUGUGUUGCAUGCUGCAACAUCCAAUAUUUUGGAAAGUGUGACUCCUUUACAGUAAAGACAUGAACUGCAUAGAUAUGUUGUGCAAUACAAUAAAAAAUAAAUGUUUAAAUUG